AUGCCUGCGGUGAUCGGAUACAGCAUUAGAAUAUCAAGUACGGAGAGUAUGUCGUCAGGCGAUUCGAAGUCGACUGAUAAUGGUGGUGGUGACCAAGUUGGGACGGAUAAAACGAAUGGGUCAUCAUCAGUGCAGCAGCAGCAUAAUAGUACAAUAGUUGAAGGACAAGCCAAAAUCACGUUUUCGGGACCGUCGAGUGCGUUCUACAAUCCGGUUCAGGAGUUCAAUCGAGACCUGACGUUCGUUUUUGCAGUGAUUCUCUUCAUUCGAAUCGCCCCGUCUCGUCAAUUUUUUAUCGAUACUAUGAUAAUUUUAUUGUCGCCAUAA